UUAGAAGGGCCCGGUCGAAGAGGAAGCGGAGGGCCUCACUUUUCUUUUCCUCUUUUCUCUGUCUCUCUUCCUCUUGCUAUAUAUAAAUAACCUCAGGUCCAUCGGCCAUCGCCCAUUUUUCCGUUGUAGCUCUCUGCCCAUGGAAGACACCCUCGAUUCCUCGCUCCUCCUUCACGACGGAGGCGGCGCCGUCGCGAGCCACGGAUGGCAGAAAGUCACUUACUCCAAGCGCAAGCGCAAGCCUCAACCCCAGGCUGACCCCGAUCGCCCCAGCCUCGCCAACGGUCUCCCCGAUCGCUCCCACGUCUUUGACUCCGUCGAGCAGAAGGCCCGCGAGCGGCGUCACGCCAUCGAGGCCGCGGCGGCCGCUGCCGAGGCCGUUGAUUUGCCCAGAUCGAGGCCUGCGCUGGCCUCCUCGGAGGAGGACGACGAUGACGAAGGAGCCGCCAAAUCCCAGGAGAACAGUGCGCCUGCGCCGAAGAAGGAGAAGCCGAAGAAGGUUAAGAAGCCUAAGGUCACGGUCGAUGAGGCUGCCGCCAAGAUCGAUGCCACCGAUCUUGCUACGUUUCUCGCCGAGAUUUCGACAACUUACGAAUCGCAGCAGGAUAUUCAACUGAUGAGAUUUGCGGAUUUUUUCGCACGUUCAUUUGCUUCUGUUAAUGCAUCGCAAUUCCCUUGGUUCAAGAUCUUCAAAGAAUCACCUGUGGAGAAAAUCAUUGAUGUUCCUUUAAGCCAUAUACCUGAAUCUGUUUACAAGAUUUCAGUUGAUUGGCUUGCACUGAAAUCCCCUGAAGCUUUGACUGAUUUUGUUUUAUGGUGCCUUGAUGGCAUCCUUUCUGACUUGGCGAGUCAGCUACCUGCAGUUAAGGGCUCAAAAAAAUCCGUUCAGCCAACUACACCAAAGGCUCUGGCUGCUAUAUUUGUUGUGCUAGCAAUGACCUUGAGACGGAAGCCUGACAUACUUAUAAAUCUUUUGCCCAAACUAAGAGACGAUCCAGCAUAUCAAGGACAAGAAAAACUACCCAUUGUCAUCUGGAUCACUGCCCAGGCUUCUCAAGGAGAUCUGAUUGUCGGCAUGUACAUCUGGUCGCAUUUCCUAUUUCCUGUAGUUUGUGGAAAAUCAAAUGUGAACCCACAGUCUAGGGACUUGGUGCUGCAAUUGCUCGAAAGGAUUCUCUCUGGACCGAAAGCUCGAACUAUUCUGUUAAAUGGUGCUGUUCGGAAGGGGGAACGCAUAGUACCACCUGCUGUACUUGAUCUACUCAUGCGGGCGACUUUUCCUGCUUCUACAGCUCGAGUCAAGGCAACUGAAAGAUUUGAGACGUUUUAUCCUACUCUAAAAGAGUUGGCUCUUACUGGUUCUGGUACCAAAACCACAAAGCAAGCAUCACAACAGCUUUUGCCUUUUGCCAUCCAAGCGAUUCAAGAAAAUAAUUCCGAGCUAACAAAGGAAGCUACGGAUUUGUUCAUCUGGUGUUUGACUCAGAAUGCUGAGUGCUAUAAACAGUGGGAAAAACUCUAUUUAGAGAAUGUUGAUGCAACAAUUAUUGUUCUUCGGAAACUCUCCACUGAGUGGCGAAAUUACUCGGCCAAAAUUUCCCCCGACACUCUCAAAGUAACACUUAAGCAUUUGAGGGCUAAAAAUGAAGAUGCCCUGUCAAGAAACACAGACCCCAGCCAAGUAGCAUCCAUCAAAGAAGCUGACAAGUACUGCAAGACAAUUUUGAUGAAGUUAACACGUAAUUUUGGCUGCAUGAAGGGUAGUGUUUUGGUGCUUGUGUUGGGAAUUGGACUCUUUUUCACUCUUUCACCGAAUGCCGAGUUAAUCAACUGGGAGAACAUCAAUUGGGAGAAAUUUCAGGUGUUGUUCAGUUCUCUCCAAUCCUCUUAGAACAACAUGGAGUUUAACCAAAUUUUACCAACAAAGGAGAUAGGUCAAGAAAGGAUAUGAUGGCGCUAAAUUCAAAGAUAAUAAUAAGUUUGGUUUUUCACCUCGGCUAGAUAACUAUCUGAAAUUGCUCUGGUGUUCGUCGUUGCGGCAAGCUGCUCCUUUUAUCUCUUCGAAGGUCUAGUUUAGUUGUGGCUUUAUAGAGACUAAAGUUUGUGUAUCUUUUCUUUUUGAACUAAACAUUAAGCAUGAAACUUUGUUUUGUUAAUCAUGCUUUUAAUUUGCCUGAUGCUAAGAGUAUGCUUUGCCUGUCCUGAAUGUUUUAAAUUGAUAGUCUGAGUUUGCGGAUUGACUUAA